AUGGAGGCUGAAUCUAAAUCGCCUAUGGGUACAAAUUCCAAUGGGGCGGUGUAUGUCUCCGAGGGUAGCUGGAGCCACGAUGUUGACUCAACAGCGGCAUUUAUGAAAACCCUGUCCUGCAGAACAGGGUUCGAUGCCAACGCUGGACGUGUUCGCACCGGCGUUGGUACUGCCUUUCAUUCAGGACGAGAGGCUAGGGAGUGGCUAGCUAAUCUUGCUGAGAGUCAGUUGCAGAAGGAAGAUCCCGCGGGACAGGGCUGGUUGCGUGCGAGCAUCUCAGGGAAAUUCAGCACACACUACUUUCUGUGA